UCACCUGAUUUGUGCGCAGCCAUUUUGUCCGGAGCUGCUCUUCACAAACCGGAAUAAACCGAAGGCGAAGUGGAGGAACGCCGUUGGAGGGAGCUGAUAAAACACUACCCGCCGGAAUUUCACCACUUAUCGAUCCAAGACGGAAAAAAACCCUCAUUUUCUCCGUGUGGCGGUGCUACAGCAGGAAUAGUGGACUUCCUUUCACAGGUCCAGGUUGGACAUUUAGCUUUGAGCGGCUAAUCAGCGGUCCGAGUGCUAACGUUAGAUCCUUUAGGAUCCACCUCGAUACAAGAUUCCCACUUUCAGUUCUGAUCUCCGUCAUUCAUGUCAGCGAAGUGUUUGAACAUAGCACAGUAGCUAGCUGGAGAGGAACUAGCAAGAACAGUUUUUCAGAGUUUGACACGGGAAGGAAACCGAGUUAACUAACCUGUUAACUAGCUAACUAACUAGUUUCAUUUCGCCUAACAUUGUUGUUAUUAUUGUUAUUAUUAUUAUUAUUAUUAUUAAAGCGACCUGGUAGUUUAAUGUCUCUUUGCAUUCCUUUGGUCAGGAAGCGACUCGUUAGAUCAACAAAUGCUCACAGGUACAAGCUGAGACUUUAGAUAUUAUUUCGACUUGUUCGAGCAGUUUUUGUGGGGUUUUUUUUUUUUUAGGGUACGUGGCAUUUUCCUCUCUAUCUCUUUCUGACCUGGCUGGACGGAUAGCUAGCUAUGUCAUUUUGCAACCUUCCUAUAUGCUCAGAUUUGACCAUUAGGACCUGUACUCGGUUUGAACGCUGUUAUGGUUAUAUUAGCUAACAUCAGCUCAGUCAAUCAGUUCAUCCGGGUGUAACAUUGGCACUUGGGGUCAUCUUUUUACUAGAUAGGUAGCUAGAUUGUUUUUCUACACACACGGUUUUACAAAUCAAGGGUCACUGGGUUGGUAUUUAGCUCGAUAAAAUAUUGUGGUUUUUUUUUUAAUAAUAAAAAAACAACAACCCAUAAAUAAGCAGUCACUUUACUGACUCGAGGUUUUGCUAAUUCCGCUCAUAUUAGUGAGCCGUUAAGCUAUCUAGGGUUUGGGUUUGUUUUGUUUUGUUUUUUUGGAGAGAAACUCGUGCAGCUGAUCAGUAGUCAGUGUUGAGGUGAAACAUGUCCGGACAGAGCAUCACAGACCGCAUAGCAGCGGCGCAGCACAGCAUGACCGGCUCCAGCAUCAGCAAAGCAGUGUGUAAGGCCACGACUCAUGAAGUCAGCGGCCCCAAGAAGAAGCACCUGGAUUACCUGAUCCACUGCACCAAUGAGAUGAACGUGAACGUGCCCCAGCUGGCGGACACUCUGUUUGAGCGGACAGCCAACAGCAGCUGGGUGGUGGUUUUCAAAUCCCUCAUUACCACACACCACCUAAUGAUGUACGGAAAUGAGCGUUUCAUUCAGUACCUGGCCUCGAGGAACACUCUCUUCAACCUGAACAAUUUCCUCGAUAAAGGUGCAUUGCAAGGCUACGACAUGUCCACCUUCAUCAGACGCUACAGUCGCUAUCUGAACGAGAAGGCUCUGUCCUACCGGCUCGUAGCUGUCGACUUCACAAAGAUGAAAAGAGGUAUUGAUGGAGUGAUGCGCACCAUGAAUACAGAGAAGCUGAUCAAAACUCUGCCCAUUAUUCAGAACCAGCUGGACGCUCUGCUCGACUUUCAGGCCAAUCCUAAUGAGCUCACUAACGGUGUGAUCAACGCUGGCUUCAUGCUGCUCUUUAAAGACUCCAUCCGUCUAUUUGCCGCCUACAACGAGGGGGUCAUCAACCUGCUGGAAAAAUAUUUUGAUAUGAAGAAGAAUCAGUGCAAAGACGCUUUGGACAUCUACAAAAAGUUCCUGUACAGGAUGACCAAACUGUCAGAGUUUCUCAAAGUAGCAGAGCAAGUUGGGAUUGAUCAGGGUGACAUCCCAGAUCUCACUCAGGCUCCCAGCAGUCUGCUGGAGGCAUUGGAGCAGCACCUGGCCUCUCUGGAGGGCAAGAAGACUAAAGAGUUCUCUGCAGACAGCAGAGCCACGACUCUGUCCAGCGCCGUCUCGUCUCUCUCCAACACCGGCAUGUCCUUCACUCGUGUGGAUGAGAAGGAGAAACAGCAGGCUCUAGAGGAGGAGCAGGCCAGACUGCAGGCUCUCAAGGUGGGCUACAGCAUUCCUGACCAGAGGCUGAAAGAGAUUAGCAUGCAGACUCCCUCUGUGUCUCCUGCUACUCAGGCUGCAAGCAGUGCCAACAACCACAGUGCAGCAGUGGAUCUGUUCGCCAACCAUAACACCACCCCUGCCCCUGUCACCAACAGCAUGCCAAACAUCAGCAGCAACCUAUUUGACCUUCAGCCAGCCUUCAUCCCUGCCGUGCAGAGUAAUCCAUCCAUAUCCACAGCCAACAGUGCCUGGGGAGGUCUAGAGAGCGGCGCUCCCCAGCAGGCUGCUCAAAUUUCCACCAUGCAUGUAGAUUUUGAUGCAGUGUUUGGGAAUCAAGGUGCCAAUAAAGAUGUGAAGCCAGCAGCUGGGUUCGAAUCUCUAGACUUAUUGAAGCCCAAUUUACCAGCUUAUAGUCAGGCUCCCAUGAUGCCCCCACACACAGGAGGCAAGCUGCUGGCCAACGACCUCGACUCCUCCUUGGCCAACCUCGUGGGCAAUCUGCAGUUUAGUGGAUCGUCAGUCAAAAAACCAGACAUGCAUUGGACACACCCUGGGGAGAAGAAGAUGACCGGCGGCACUAACUGGCAGUCCAAAACCAUGAGCAGCACGACUGCCUGGAGUCCUGCCCCCAUGCCACCUGCCCCCAUGCCUGUGCCCCACAUGCAGGCUCCGGCCCCAAUGGCUUUCCCCAUGACCACACCUCAAGUGCCUGUGUAUGGAAUGGUCCCUCCUCAGAUGGGUCAGAUGGGAGGGGUUCCAAUGAUGACGCCACAGCCCAUGAUGUACCAGCCUGUCCUCAGAUCCACCAACCCAUUUGCUCCAGUUCCUGGAGCUCAGAUGCAGUUUAUGUAGUAGCGUUGUGCCAAACAGGACGGCAGAAUGACCCACAGAGCAAAUCGAGCAAGAGAAGAGACAAAGACUCCACCCACCAUCAAAUUCAGGGAGCUGGAGGAGGAGUGAUGAAGCAUGUGAAGAGAACGAGAGAGAGAGAGAGAGAGAGAGAGAGAAAGAAAAUGCAGAAAAGGAGGAGUGCUGCGGAAGCAAGAACAUUUUUAUUGCCAAGACUCUUCACAUUAAUAUGACAUGGAUUUUCUCUCUUUCUCUCUCUGUAUCUCUCUCUCUCUCUGUAUCUCUCUCUCUGUAUCUCUCUCUCUCUCUCUCUCUCUCUCUCUCUCUCUCUCUCUCUCUCUCUCUCACACACACAUACAAACAUAACAGGGUAUCAAUUCAACCUGUUACUCUUUUUUUUUUUUUCCCCCUUGUUUUUAUUAUUAAUGGCCUGUCAGUGUUUUACAAAUCACAGGUUCAUUUGAUCAUGUCCUGAGGUUUGUGUUUUAGUAACUCAUUGUUUUCUAAAUCACAUUUCACGUUGUCUGGAGUGACGACAUUGCUCUGCUAUGUUCCUAAGAUGGCCCUGAGCAGUGUGUUCAGGUUCGAGCUGGGUGUGGAGGCACAGGCAGGCCGCACUUCUCCACCCAGUCUAGUCCUGUCUGCUUAGUCGUGCUCUCUCAGCAUUACACGUGUCACUGAUUUUCUCAAAUGAAUCACUGUUGAGCUCUUUACUUUCAUUUCCGUUGUGAUGUUUGGCAUUUCCAAGCACUUUAACUUUUUGGGCAAGGUUUGUUGAAUUGUAUUCAUACACUGAGCUGGUCUCUGCAUGUUUGGAUGCAGUUUCACUAAUUCAAACACCAGAUUUUGACUUUUUUUGUUUUGUUUUUGUUAGUUACUUUUUGGUGACAGCCUCACUUUCAGGUCAACCUUAAACCAUCCAGCUAUCUGUCCAUCCUGCGUGUUGGAAGACGGAUACAUCGGCUAGCCAUAUUGGCGCUCCUGCACUCAGGCCCCUGUGCUAUGAUUUGGAUGCAUUUAAUUCCUCCUGUAAACUUCACAAACAUUGUAGUUUCUCUUUCUGAUUCUCUGACUAAUAUGUUUGUAUUGUAGUCUAACUCGAACUAUCCAGCCCAUGCAAACGAGAGAACGGAGUCGGUUCUGUUGGAUCUUUUUUUUUUUAUCUGAGCACUUAUGUGGCACCAGUUCCACCUGUUUUUUUUUUUUUUCUACACGCCUGUAAACAGGGUCUCAGCUUCACGUUCAUACUGAUAUCAGCAAAGACAUAUAACACAUUAAUAAGCCUUUGUUUUAUGAAACAAAGAUAAACUGAGAUAUCAGUGUUUGAGCAAUUUAUUUUUUCAAACAGAAGGUAACACUUUUUUAGCCAAGAGGAAAUAAAAAACAAAACUAGCGCACAUACGCACAUGCAAACGUGUGUUAGCCUGAGAAAAUCUCUUCACAUGGUGAACUUUUGACCUUUUCUACUACUACUUGUAGAAAGCUACAGGUUUUUCCUAAACUAAUGUUUCUCUUUUCCUUCUCCCGAAGCCGAAGUAAUGUUCUAUAGUUUUCAAAUCUAGCUUCUGCCUAGAAGUGAACAGGCAGAAAAUGACAUUUAAAGAUUUCAUUCCGACUGCGGUGCCAAAGCGUGGCUGACAUUUUGACGGCCGCCAUCAGAUUACACACAGGAUCGAUUAGGCUUGCGGCUGUUUGGCUACGGCAUGCCAACAACUUGAUCAGAUCAUGAGCUGUUCACAGUUUGCUAAACCGGCUGCUUCUUUAAUAUUAUCUUUUCAGGAUGAUAGCCAAGGCAAGAUUAAAUAGUUUUGAUGAACCUUGAUUUAGUGAAAAUAUUUGUUCCAGGUGAGUCUUUCCAACCAAUAAUGUUGUUUUUCAGCCCUAAGAGCAAACAGAGAAAACAUGAACGUUACUGCUUUCUCUUAAACACUUUAAGCUAUGAUUUUUUUUUUAUUUUUAAGCUGUCAUUAAAUUUUUUUUUGGUUUGAAUUUGCCACUGCUGCAUUUGUGGAUGCUGUAAGGACGUCACGUGAUUUGUGCGUCAGUUAUUUCCGUCUGAAGUCUUUUAAACGGAAGCAGACGUGAUUAGCAGCGUCGUGCAAUUAAAGCGGCCAUGUUAACAGUUGUGAUUUCAAUUAGCUGUGAACAUAUGCUGUCUCUUUUACACCCACUCCAGAUUUCCAGGCACGUAGCCAUGUUGCGCUUCACUCUGGCUUUAAGGGAAGUGAAGAUCUGCGUGUGCCAAUAUUAUUCAAAGAAAUUAGUGCCUGCUGUUUAUCGCCAGUUAUUUCUCUUCAUCUCUCGGAUAAAACUAAUAUCUGCAAAGUGCGAGUGUUGUCAUGGAAGCGCUGGCAAAGAAUAGUUGCUUUGGUCGAGGCAGCUGAUGGCAGUUUGAAGGGCUUUGUUUUUGUGUUUUGUCUCAUUCUUGUCACACUGGUGAGCAUAAUGGCAUGCGGGGUCAAACUCCAGCUCUGUUCUUUCCUCGUCUGCCGCCUAAGUGAUAAUGCUUUGCUUUUUUGAAUCAGCUCGCUUUGCCUGUUAGUCACUUCUCUGGAAGAACGAGAGAGAAGGCGAGGCAGCAGGAAGGCCACAUGAACAAAACUAUUGAUGUUUUUUUUAAAGCAGCACAGUUUCCCUGAUGCGCGUCUCAUACCCUUGUGAGUUAUCUUUAUCCAACAAUUUAAAGGGCUGAGCAGCGCUGCCUUUGGGGCAGAGCUUAUUUCUAGCCAGCAAAAUGUAAAGUAAAGCCUGAAACAGUACAAAAAGUAGCAAUACUUCGAGCGAGUGCCAGUUUUGCAAAUUGUUUAAAUAUUUCAGGUUCAGAAACACACACAUUCUUUAAAUAUUGAAGCGUGUUUUGGCAUUUUGUAAAGUCGCCUUGUGUUUUUGUAUCAGUCUGUUGUUCUCAGAGCGUUUUUCAGGCUCUAACUUCUCCUUUUCUGUCUGUUUGCAUGUUUUUAGCAGCUUCGUGUGUGCCGGUUAACGAGGCUUGUGUGUGUCUUGCACUUCUGGUUUUGUCAGGUGAUGGUUGCAAGAGCUCAGUGUUGUGUUGUUUGUUUGUUUUUGUUUGUUUUUUGGUCAGUAGACUUAUGCAUGAUCUCUCUAGUUUUGUUGUCUUUUUUUUUUUUUUUUUUUUUUUUUUUUUCCCAGUCGCAUGGAGUCCUUAUGUGCCAGUACUAUAACGACUCUGUCCGGAUGACCUUUUAACCCUUGUGUUUCUGUUCACGACUCAGCAGUGGAUGUACUGUACACGGCUCAUACUGACCGCUCGAAAUGCUGGGACAUGAAUGAGCAAAAAUGGGAGACAUCGGUGUUAUUGGUGAACAUUAAAGACACAAUCUGAUUUCUGUUGCCUGGUGAUGUUCGGUUGUGAGUGCAAAUCAAACGUGGAGUUAAAAAGAGACACUUUAUAGCCAAAAGUAUGUAUCAUCACACCCACAUGUGCUUCUUUUUCAGACUGUUGCCACAAGUGCACUGUUGGCUCAGCUCUGUUGUAAACACCUUUGGGAUGAAUUAGAUUGUACGCCAGGUCUUUUCUCAAUUCCUCACCUCAUUAAUUCACUGGUCGCUGAACGGGCAAAAAUCCUCCCAAAGCCUUUUCAAGUAGAGUUGAGAACAUUAUAGCAGCAAAGGGGAACCAGCUCCUUAUAACUGCAGCAAGCACAUGUGGGUGUGAUGAUCACAUGUCCACAUACUUCUGGUGGAGGAUCUCCAUACAACACAUGACCCAGGUGUUCGUGUCUUUUUGUUCUUGUUCAGCGUAGAAUAUGUUGGAGAGAUAUACAUUUUAAUUAUAUAGCCUAGUUUCACUUUAGGUUAAAAGGUAAAAAAAAAAUUUUUUGUUUUUGGCCAGACACAAAAUUUAAGAGCUUGUACCUGCUGUGAAUUAUUUAGUAACUAUAUUGAAAUUAGUGAGAAGGUCUGGACAUGGAUUUGGGUUUUAAGGGUUGAGCCAGAAUAUGAAUAUCUUGUAGCUUUUAACUUUCUUAUAAAGAAUUAAAUGAUGGAUGGAUGGUUAUAUCAGAGGUCAACAGAACUCACUGACCUAUCCAUUACAGAAUGUUAGUCAGAUUUGGGCUUGUGUGUGUAUAGCACUUAUCACACUGCUGGUGCGCUACUUCCCUCUAGUGGACAUUAGCAGAAUUGCAACACGUUUCUGUUGGAGUUUGACUUGUUUCAUUUGAUGUGUAUAUUUAGGAAAUGUGUUUACUAAGAUUUGAAUCCUCUCUGACAUGAAGACGUGAAGCUCAAGGUGUGUUAGAGCCGAACUAAAUGCGAUAAAUUCCCCUUUUUUUUCCCCCUUCAUCCUGUGUGUGAUUAGAAUGAGGCCUGUAUUUACAGCCACUGGCAGCUCUAGUUCAUCCAAACCUUCUGAGCACAUUGUGAAGCCCAGCAUUUAACCUGCCCUCAGUGCUAGACUUAAAAUAUACAGACAGAGGUGUUCUACUUGUCAGUCUGAUGCUGAAGUUUAUACAGGGCUCCUCUCGCUUCAGUUAUCAGGAUACUUUUAAAGAAAAAAAAAGAAAUAAAUAAAAUAAACUUGUGGUUUAAAUGGUGGUCAUUUUGUCAGACAUUAUGCACAUUUUUUUGUUUGUUUUUUCUCCUUUUCUUUUCUUUUUUUUUCUUCUUUUUUUUUUGCUGCCUGACAUAGUCAUGUAUAUACACGUACUCUGCAAUUUAAACAUUAUCUCUUUUAUUUUGCUUUUGAUCUUCUGUACUGGAGAUAAUUGCCUCAUUUAUAGAUAUAGAAAUAUAUAGAAAUAUAUAUAUAUAGAUAUAUAUAUACACACACACACACACACUGUCUCUGUGUAAGUGCCGGGGUGGAAGGCUUCAGAUUUUCAAUUCAUCGACAUUCAUUAUUGAUGCCAAAUGAGAAUAGUGAGUGGAGAAAACCCAUUUGUACAUUUUUUUUUUCCUAUUUAUUUAUGCAGAAUAUAAAGAUUUUAAUAUGCACGGUAAAUACAUAUAACAUGAAAUCAUGCAAGUUUUUGUUUUUCAUUUUAUUUCAUUCUUUCAGUUUUUACCAAAAGAAAUAAAGUCAUUUUCCUUUCCUAAAUUGCUUUUCUCGUCUAUCAUUUCAACUGAGUUUAAUGCAGUUAUCCAUAUUCCAUACACCUUAAUGUUGUACAUGAAAACACACUUAGCUUAUUAGAGCAAAAAGCUCUGGCUGGAGCACUUAAUCUUCAUGUCAUCUCUCAUCAAGAUAUUUUCUGGUCUUCCAGCCCUGCAUGUGUGUGUGUGUGAGAGAGAGAGAAAGAGAGAGAGAGAGACAUUCAUGGACUACUGGCCCUUAUGAAAGCCGAAGGUUCGAUGCUGCUGCUUGUUUUAACCUAAAAAUCUCGUCGGUUUUUAUUUUCUGCAAUGAAGCGCUCAAUUCAGGACCAAGAAGUGUGACGUGUUUUCGGUCUGAUUUGGAUGAAUUUAGUUGUAUUUUUUUUUCUUCUUCUCUUGCAUGUGUUGAUUUGUUUUGUUUUCUAUCUGAUCUAUGAGGAACCGGACUUCCGUGUAUUGUUUGCAAAGUUUUAUUAAAUAUGGUGCUCUUUUUUUUCCUUUGUUGAGUAAACAAUCUGUUGUGGAUGUAAUUGACAACUUUUGUGUAUUUUAUCUGUUUUCUGAAAACUAGUUUCUCAGUGGUUGGUGUUGCUUGUCCGAGUAAAAUAUUUUCAUUUAACAUUUUUUUUUGUACGUUUUUCCCCCCGGUCACUUAUGUUGUCUGUAUUUGUAAUGCAAGCUCUUACCAUGAACCAUGAAUGAAGGCCUUGUGAAGUAAUUGAUUGAUCGCUUGUGCUCGCCGGUUUCUUAAUAAAAACCCAUUUUUAACA